AUGCCCGCAUGGCUCCCCUCAAUUCCAUAUCCCUCCCCAAAUCAGCGAGGGUUUUGGGAUCCUGUUACAUCAACUCUCCAGUGGUGUGAAGAGGACUACUAUGCCACAUAUUAUUCCGCCGAGAUCAUCAAUACCCUUACCAAUUUGAUGUUCAUCUACCUUGCAUAUAAAGGGGUCAAAAAUUGCCGAAAACAUGGGCACGACACCGUCUUUGAGGUUGCAUAUUUUGGGUAUUUCCUCGUUGGAUUUGGGAGCUUCAUGUUCCAUUCAACAUUAAAAUACCCCUGGCAGUUGGUGGACGAACUGAACAUGAUCUACACCACUUGUCUGAUGGCAUAUGCCAGUCUUUCAUAUGCUCGUCCGGCCUCCGUGCAGAUAUCCCUCGGCGUCUUCUUCGUGUUGUUCUGCGCCUUUAUUACCUUGUAUUACCACUAUCUCCAAGAUCCAGCAUUUCACCAAAUUGUGUACGCUGCAUUGACUCUCUUCAUCGUUUGUCGAAGCAUAUACAGCAUGGAGUUUACUCUGCGACCAUCGCUGAGACAAAGUGAAGAGAGACACCGCAUAGAGAGAGAACGCCGGCGCCUCCCAGCUUUGACGAAAGAACAACAAGACUAUGAAAAUAGACGAGAUAUGGAAAUCCUCAAGAACAUGUGGUACCUGGUGGGUUUUGGUGUAUCCGUAUUUCUUGGUGGUUUUGCCAUUUGGUCACUCGACAACAAAUAUUGCUCCACGUUAAGACGAUGGCGGCGGAGCAUUGGAAUGCCCUGGGGAUUUUUCCUAGAAGGUCAUGGCUGGUGGCAUUUGAUGACGGGCAUCGGAGCUUACUGCUACAUUGUUUGGGGCAUUCAUCUACGGCACAUCUUAAACGGCCAUCAAGAACACUUCCAAAUGGUCUGGCCUAGGAUAUAUCGAUUGCCUGAGAUCGUAAAGGUGUCGGAGCCUUCAAGCAAACUGAAAGAAAAAGUCGCGAACGGGAGUGCCAAUGGAAGUGCCCACGGUGCCGCAAAUGGGAGUGUGAAGAAAUUAAAUGAAUAG